AAGGAGGAGGAGGCAGGCUCGAGGCCCGCGCGCGCCCUCGGGCGCCAGCCGCCGCCGGCCAAAAUGCGAGCACAGGCCCUGUGCCUCCUCGCCCUCGGGGCGCUGUCGCUCGGGCUUCCAGCUGGCGCAGAGGCCGACGCGGAGGGUGGCGCGGAGGGCGAGGCCGCGGCCGAUGCAGGCCGACCACGCCGCUUCCCACCCGCCCCGCCGCCACCUCCGCCUCCGCCGCCUCCGCCGCCGCCGCCGCGGCAGCCGGCGGCUGCCCCCGAAGGCGGGGGGGAGUCGAGGCUGGACCCCGACGAGGAGGCGAAGCUGGAGAGGAGGCGCCUGGUGGACUCGGGGGCCCGCUCCGGGACGGCCGUGAAGCAGGGCGCGUGGAUCUACGGCGACUACAGGGUGGCCGAUGGCGCCCGCGACGUGGCGGCGUGUGCGAAGGCCUGCGAGGCGGACGAGGGCUGCCACCACUGGAACCUGCACAUCGGCACCAGGAAAUGUGAGCUGAAGAAGUUCACUGGCAGCUUCGACGGCGAUAAGGGCGACUGGGUCUCCGGGGAUGCCUCGCGUGCGGGGCGCGCCGAGCUGUGA